UGAGUCCAACUUUUGAGUCCAACUCCAAGUGCGCAUCCCGUAAUAACAAAAACAAUUAAACCGUCGUCGACGAUGGCAUUGCAUUAUGAAACGCGAUAAAAUGCAUUUUCAAGAGACAGCCGGUCUAUAUGCCGCCGCUGCUCUGCUACGACUAACACUAUUCGCUUUCUUUCCUGGACUUCCAGAUUUGCUGACGGCCCGCGUCGAGAUCUCGACUCCCGUAACAAGCUUCAAGCGACUACAAGAGGGCCUAUUCCUGUAUAAUCACAAUGUCUCGCCCUACGACGGCGGCGUCUACCACCAAGCACCAUUGCUUCUCCCGCUCUUCUCUCUCCUCCCAGACCCUUCGACGUAUCCCAUAUUCGCAUAUAUCCUCUACAUUAUAGUCGACUUGCUCAGUGCAGAUGCGCUUUACAAGAUCGCCGAGUCGGGCGAAGCCAGCGCAUCGAAACUCUUUACCUCGGCCCGUAAGGAAAGGCGAUGGAGUGGUUAUAUCGUUGCGGCCAUCUUCCUUUUUAACCCAUUCACGAUCGCGACUUGCAUGGGUCGGCCUACCAACGUCUUCACCACAUGCGCCAUACUACAUGCGAUUGUCAAGGCAAUAGCUGGUAACCCCUUUACCUCUAUGCUAGCUCUCUCUUUCGCCACUUACCUCUCCAUGUAUCCCAUCUUACUCCUCCCUCCGUUAAUCCUCUUGGCAUACGACCGGCAACAUGCCUCAAGAAGGACAGAGUCGCUGUUGCAAUUCGCCAGCGUCAAUGUGGCGGCUGUUACGUUGUGUCUCUCAGUCUUGCUCCUCGGCUCCUAUCUCCUGACCGGGUCCUGGGAAUUCCUUGCUUCGACCUACGGGAUCCAAUUGACACUGACUGACCUGACACCAAACGUUGGACUAUGGUGGUACUUCUUCAUCGAGAUGUUCGACAGCUUCCGCGCCUUCUUCCUUGGCGUAUUCUGGUUGCACUUGUCAUGUUACGUAGGGGGACUCUCGAUUCGCAUCCGGUCACAACCACUCGCCGUGUUAACUAUACUCCUCGGAAUAUUCGCCAUCUUCAAGCCAUAUCCCAACAUUGCCGAUACAAGUUUAUUUCUUGCCAUGGUGCCGUUGUUCAGACACGUAUUUCCCCUUCUACGAUACAGUUUCUUAGCAGCCUCAACCAUACUCUAUUCCUCGUUCUUAGGCCCUUCCUUCUAUUACCUAUGGAUCUAUGCCGGUAGUGGAAACGCAAACUUCUUCUACGCCAUUACUCUAGUUUGGAGUCUAGGUCAGAGUCUCCUAGUCAGCGACCUGACAUUUGCAGUACUCCGGGAUGAGUGGGAGAUAGAACGGCCCGAGAUGGUUGGGAAAGAAAUCCGACAGGUUUAGUAGCCUUGUUGAUGUCGCUAGUCUAAUAUCGGCGUAGUGUAAUUGCUAGAAAGAUCCUCAGUAUAGACCAUAUUCGAGAACCAUAAGGGGACUAGAGUUUUAGUAUGAAUAUCAUAUGAAUACAAUAAAUUUUCUAAAGUA